UGCAUUAUAUAAACAAAUAAAUUUUCAUUUCGUAUUUCUCAACUUGUAGGCCUCACUUGCUCUCAGCUCCAAACAAAGCAACACAUCACAUUUUUGGGUGCUCUCCUCAGAAAUUAGUUAAAGGGCAAAAACCGAAACCAAAACAGAAUGGUGGUGUUCUGUUUUCUGGUGGAUCAGAAGAGGCAAGUGCGGCGGAGCAAGCCGGCGGCAGGGAUAUGCUCACGGUGCGGCGGAGGAGCGAGUGUUGCCGACAUGAAGACCGCUACAAGAUUUUGUUACGUCCCAUUUUAUUGGAAAUCUUGGAGAGCCAUCAUAUGUACGUUUUGUGGAGCCAUUCUUCGAUCUUAUCGAUAGUUUGCUAGUUGGCCUUGUUUACUAUGAAUGACUAAUUCAAUUUCUAUCUCUUUUUAUUA